CAGGUGACGGCAACAUAGAGACCAGGAAGAAAGCGGAAUACUUCACCGGGGCUCAGAAAAGACGCAUCAAGGCCAUGAUUAGGGAUGGAUUGGAUUUGGAGACUGCGAAGCAGAAAGAGAGAGAGCGAUACUCUCUCUACAAAGCUUCCUUGGCAGCAGAAGGAGAAAGUGACAGACCCAGUACCAGCAAAAGGUGCAGAUCUAAUAACACAUCUCCCGAAGAAACACAACGCCCGCAGCCCAAAAAGCCAAAAGCCACUCAACACACAUCUAGCUCUACCGGAAACCAGCUAAAACCGACUCCAUCUUACAGGGAUGUAGCCAAUGCUUGCAAAGUGGCUAUCGCCCAUGAGAAAUAUCCGGAGGUGAAUCUAACUGGUGACCAAAUGGAGUUGAUAAAAUCGAAGCUCCUGGAAGAAAUUGACAAACUUCCCAAGCACAAUAGUGUCUACGGCUUCAUCACCAGUGUUAACAGAGACGGAUGGCUCUCAUUAACAUGCUGCAAUGGUGAAACGAGGAACUGGCUGACCACCUGUGUCCCAAAACUCAAACCAUUCCCGGAUGCUAUUCUCAAAGUGUUUCAGGGCGAAGAGAUGCCCAAAACCUAUGUGUGCAUCACAUUUAUUCCCCCCUCUGCUGUGCUACCACCAGAAAUUCUGAUGUCCCGAUUGGAAAAACAAAAUGGUGGCAUUUGCACAUCAUCGUGGAGAAUUCUCAGGACUGAGAAAGAUAAGAAUGGUGGGGAAACCGUUACGAUCUCGGUGGACGAAAAAUCCAAAAAUUGGAUAGUCGGUCAGGCAGGGAAGCUGUAUCUGAACUUCACACAAAUUCACGUACGUGUGAAGGGAGAGCCAACUGGACCCAAGAAACUGACGACAAAAAGGCCAUUUACGACAGAGAAACCCAGUGACGUCAAGCAACAGGUGCCUCCAUCCAAAAGGCCGCUUUCAGGUGAUAGACCCAGUACCUCAAAAGCACAGGCAGAUAAGCCAAGUGAGACGGUUAAGGUCACACGGGACAGCACCCGAACUGAAGUCGGACCCAGCACCUCAAAACAGCAGGGUGGCACACCGGUAUCUAGUAUAAAGGACCAGAAGCAAGGGCCAAAGAAACCAGCUUCAAGAUCCCCUCGACAGGAAGCACCCACUCAUGGGACAAAAUUGCCCAAGUGGAUGCGGAACGGUAAAGGACGAUACCAAUAAAAUGAUGAGGUGCCUGCAGGUUAAUCUUCAACACGCCAAAGCUGCUACGGCGGUGUUGACACAGCGACUUCUAUCUGAAAAGAUUGACCUAGCCUUUAUCCAGGAGCCAUAUGUAUAUGAGAACCAGAUAAAGGGAAUAAAAGCACACCAACAAGGACCAGGUAGCAGCUAUAAUUUCUGUGGACACCCCAGUAAGUAAGACAGAGCUCAUUGUCUGCUCAUCUUACCUACCUGGAGACUCCCAAGACCUGGACUUCCUAUCACUGAAAGGACUAGUAGACUACAGUGUUAAAAGCAAGAGGCAACUCAUCGUUGGAAGUGACGCUAAUGCACACCACACGAUCUGGGGCAGCACCGACAUCAAUAAAAGAGGUGAGUGUCUAUUUGAAUUUAUAACUGGUAACAACCUAUAUAUUUUGAAUACGGGCAAUAAGCCCACUUUUAUAAACAGAAUCAGGGAAGAGGUAUUAGACAUCACCCUAGCAACAC